AUGAAUGCUUGUAAUGGCGGUUGCAACAAGCCUCUGAAGGCUAAUGAAAAGAUUUCCUGCUCUCAAACUAACUGCAAAAAACAAUUUCAUUACUUUUGUGUUCAACUGACAAGUGCUAAAAAGCCGACUAACUGGAAAUGCCCUGACUGCAUUCAAGAAAUGUCAUCAACUCAGCGUAAUAAAAUCAAAAAUGACACACCCGGUAAGAACUCCUUAUCUAAAGCUAUCAACGAAUCACUCGAUGAACGUCAAAAUGUAACCUUUACUCGGGGUAAUACUUUAAAUAAUAGAUUCGUUGAAGAAACUGUCAAUCUGCGGUCGGCUGUCAGAAAUAUUUUGCAUGAAGAAAUAAGAGAUAUUGUACGAGCAGCAAUAAGCGAAGAGUUUUCCAUAUUAAGAAAGGAGUUACGCAGCUGUGAAGAUUCGUUAAGCUACUUGAAUAAUAAGUUUGAAGAAAUGGAAAAAUAA